GGGCACCUAUGGGGUCCUGAUUGAUCACGUCUCGGAAAAUGACAGUGGAAGCUGAAACGUAAAACCAAAUUCUGCGUUUCGCUUCAAAUUAAUGUUAACACAAUGCGUAGCGCGUAUUUUAAGCCUCAAAAUGGCUCAAACUACUCAUACACGAAGUUAAAGGCUUCAGGUCCCAGUAAAGCGGACCUGGACGUGUCCCAGAAGAACCCUCAGACCACACACUACAUCGAGCUGGGAGGUUACCAGUACUGGCCGGUUCUGGUGCCUCGAGGGAUCCGGCUGUACACGUAUGAACAGAUCCCGGUUUUCAUCCGGGACAAUCCGUACAUCACAGACGGGUACCGGGCCUACCUGCCGUCCAGACUCUGCAUCAAAAGCCUCUUCAUCCUGUCCAACGAGACGGUGAACAUCUGGAGCCAUCUGUUGGGCUUCCUGCUCUUCUUCUGUCUCGGGGUGUACAACAUGGCGUCGGUGCUGCCGGCCGUCGGCGCCUCCAGAGAGGAUUACGUCAUCUACUCCAUUGGACUCUUCUGCCUCCAGUACUGGCGUCAGGUGUACCUGGUGAUGGUCCUGGCCAUGAUCCUGACCGUGUUCUUCGCUCAGAUCCACCCUCUGUACCUCAGCAAGCAGUGGAAGCGGCUCCGCUCGCUCAUCUUCUGCUCCGUGGCCGGCUACGGCCUGGUGCCCACCGUCCACUGGGUCUGGAUCACGGGGGGCUUCUCCUCCGAGCUCGUCCAGGCCUUCGUCCCUCGGAUCCUGGGGAUGUAUUUCAUCGCAGCUUUAGCUCUUAUUUUUUAUGUGUCCAAAGUUCCUGAACGGUACUUCCCAGGUCAGCUGAACUACCUGGGCUCCAGCCACCAGGUCUGGCACGUCCUGCUGGUUCUGAUGUUCUACUGGUGGCACCAGUCGUCCUGCUUCAUCAUGGCGUACCGACACAGUCAGCCGUGUCCCGACGCCCCCAAAUACUCGUAAACCAGGUGGAGCAGAUCUUCAGAGUCCGGGUCAGAACUCCUCCUAAAAGGGAAACUGAGGAUUGUUCCAACACACGGCCUCUUCUCUCUUCUCAAACGUCUUUAUCUGUGUGUAAAGUUUGGACUCUGUGGACCUGAUCACAGGUGCGACUCGACGACCUGAAUGUACUCUGGUUUCACACUGGAACAGUUUUAACAAACACGACAGUUAAAGGGACAAAUAUCUCAUUUCUGAGGGUUCAGUGUUAACUACCGUAUAUUUCGGACUAUAAGCCGCACCCCCAACAUAAAAAAACAGUACACACAAAAUUGUCGUCAAAAAA